AAAGCCGACUAGCUACUUUACGGGAAAACCAGGGAAAAUGAGCACUAAUGGGAAUGUGGAUUUUAUCCCUCCAGGAAUCCUAUUUAGCUUGCCAAGAAUUAACCCUGACUGUAAUUAAGUCCCUUAGAGCAAUGACCCUUCCAGAGAAUGUUCAGAGACCUCUACUUUGUUUAGACACCUUGUGUGGGUGGAACUUCCUGUUUACACAGAGAGCAGCAUAAAGCCUAGUUGCUCGGAGGAAAGUUUGGGACCAGACCAACUGCAGGGAGAAAGGUGCAACACAGUCUGGUCUCCUCCAGUCCCUUCUCCCUGCAGCAUGGGGAAGAACAAACUCCUUCAUCCAAGUCUUAUUCUCCUUCUUCUGCUUUUGCUGCCGACAGAUGCUUCAGCCUCUGGGAAACCGCAAUACAUGGUGCUGGUCCCCUCCCUGCUCCAUACUGGGACCCCUGAGAAGGGCUGCCUCCUUCUGAGCCACCUGAAUGAGACGGUGACCGUCAGCGCCUCCUUGGAGUCCAUCAGAGAGAACAGGAGCCUCUUCACUGACGUGGUGGCAGAAAAGGACUUAUUCCACUGUGUCUCCUUUACUCUCCCAAGAUCUCCAACCAGUCAAGAGGUAAUGUUCCUCACCAUCCAAGUGAAAGGAUCAACCCAAGAAUUCAAGAAGCGGACCACAGUGUUGGUUAAAAAUGAAGAGAGCCUGGUCUUUGUCCAGACAGACAAACCCAUCUAUAAACCAGAGCAGACAGUGAAAUUUCGUAUUGUCUUGUUGGAUGAAAGUUUUCACCCCCUGAAUGAGUUGGUUCCACUAGUAUAUAUAGAGGACCCCAAAGGAAAUCGCAUCGCACAGUGGCAGAACCUCGAAGUAGAGAAUGGCCUCCAGCAGUUGACCUUUCCCCUCUCGUCAGAGCCCUUUCAGGGUUCUUAUAAGGUGGUGGUACAGAAGGGAUCAGGUGGAACUGCAGAGCACCCCUUCACCGUGGAGGAAUUCGUGCUUCCUAAGUUUGAAGUGCAAGUAAGAAUGCCAAAGAUAAUCACCAUUUUGGAAGAAGAGAUGAACGUGUCAGUGUGCGGCCUAUACACUUAUGGGAAGCCUGUCCCAGGACAUGUGACUAUGAACGUGUGCAGAAAGUACAGGAACCCUUCUAACUGUUAUGGUGAAGAAUCCAAUGCUGUCUGUGAGAAGUUCAGUGGGCAGCUGAACACUGACGGCUGCUUCUCUCAGCAAGUAAACACCAAGAUCUUCCAGAUGAAGAGACAAGAGUUUGAAAUGAAAAUCGAAGUGGAAGCCAAGAUUCAAGAAAAAGGAACAGAGGUGGAAUUAACUGGAAAGGGGGCCACUGAAAUAACAACAACCAUCACCAAACUCUCAUUUGUCACAGUGGACUCAAACCUUAGACGAGGGAUUCCUUUCACUGGGCAGGUGCUCCUAGUGGACGGGAAAGGUGUCCCCAUGCCAAAUAAAGUCAUCUUUAUCACAGCAAAUGAAGCCAACCACAAAUCUAAUGCCACCACUGAUGAGCACGGCCUGGCAGAGUUCUCCAUCACCACCACCAACAUCAAGGGCACCUCCCUCAGUAUCAGGGUCAAAUACAAGGAUCACAGCCCCUGUUACGGCUACCAGUGGCUGUCAGAAGAACAUGAAGACGCUUAUCACAAUGCUAAUCUUGUGUUCUCCCAAAGCAACAGCUUUGUCUACCUUGAGCCCUUGCCUCGUGAACUGCCCUGUGGCCAAACUCAGACAGUCCAGGCACAUUAUGUGCUGAAGGGACAGGUCCUAAAGGAGCUAAAGGAACUCGUGUUCUAUUACCUGAUAAUGGCAAAAGGAGGCAUUGUCCGAUCUGGGACUCACACACUGCCCGUGGAGCAGGGAGACAUGCAAGGCCAUUUUUCCAUGUCAGUCCCCGUGGAGUCAGACAUCGCUCCUGUCGCUAGGCUGCUCAUCUAUGCCAUUUUACCUGACGGGGAAGUGAUAGGGGAUUCUGCAAGAUAUGAGGUUGAACACUGUCUGACCAACAAGGUGGGUUUGAACUUCAGCCCCAGACAAAGUUUCCCGGCUUCCCAGGCCCACCUUCGAGUCACCGCUUCCCCUCAGUCCCUCUGUGCCCUCCGUGCCGUGGACCAAAGUGUGCUGCUCAUGAGGCCUGAAGCCGAGCUCUCAGCAGCCACGGUUUAUAACCUGCUACCAGUCAAGGACCUCAGCAGUUUCCCCUCAAGUGUAAAUAAACAGGAGGAAGACAAUGAAGACUGCAUCAGUCGUGACAAUGUCUAUAUCAAUGGAAUCAUGUAUUCCCCAGUAGCAAAUACAAAUGAAAAAGAUAUGUAUAGCUUCCUACAGGAUAUGGGCUUGAAGGCAUUCACCAACUCAAAGAUUCAUAAACCCAAGAUAUGUCCACAGCCUGAACAAUAUAGAAUACAGCCUCAAAGACUGUUAGCUUCUCCAGUCGUAGCUGAAAUGGGAAGACAUGGUGAUUUUAUGCAUCUUGAGGAUACUGCAGAGCCUCCCACAGAGACUGUGCGAAAGUACUUCCCUGAGACAUGGAUCUGGGACUUGGUGGUUGUAAGCUCCUCAGGUGUGCAUGAAGUAGAAGUAACAGUCCCUGAUACCAUCACUGAGUGGAAGGCAGGGGCCCUCUGCCUGUCCAGUGACACUGGACUUGGUCUCUCUCCGACUGCCUCUCUCCGAGUCUUCCAGCCCUUCUUUGUGGAGCUUACGAUGCCCUACUCUGUGAUCCGUGGAGAGGCCUUCACACUCAAGGCCACAGUGUUAAACUACCUUCCCAAAUGCAUCCGGGUCAGUGUGCACCUAGAAGCCUCUCCUGCAUUCCUAGCUAUUCCAGAAGACAAGGAACAAGAGACUCACUGCAUCUGUGGGAAUGGCCGGCAGACCGUGUCCUGGGCGGUGACCCCAAAGUCCUUAGGGAAUGUGAAUUUCACAGUGAGCGCAGAGGCAGUGGAGUCUCAAGAGCUGUGUGGAAAUGAGGUGCCUGUGGUCCCUGAGCAUGGAAGGAAAGACACUAUCAUCAAGCCCCUGCUGGUUGAACCUGAAGGACUAGAGAAGGAAGUAACAUUCAACUCCCUGAUUUGUUCAUCAGGUGCCAAGGUGUCUGAACCAUUAUCUCUGAAGCUGCCACCAAAUGUGGUGGAAGAAUCUGCCCGAGCCUCCUUCUCAGUUUUGGGAGACAUAUUAGGCUCUGCCAUGCGAAACACACAAAAUCUCCUCCAAAUGCCCUAUGGUUGUGGAGAACAGAAUAUGGCCCUCUUUGCCCCUAACAUCUAUGUUCUGGAUUAUCUAAAUGAGACACAGCAGCUGACUGCAGAGCUCAAGUCCAAGGCUAUCCUCUACCUCAACACUGGUUACCAGAGACAGCUGCUCUACAAGCACUUCGACGGCUCUUACAGCACCUUUGGGGACCAUCAUAGCAACAGUGAGGGCAAUACCUGGCUCACGGCCUUUGUACUGAAGAGUUUUGCCCAGGCUCGAGGCUAUAUCUUCAUUGAUGAAGCACAUAUUACCGAAGCUCUCACCUGGUUGGCCCAAAAGCAGAAGAGCAAUGGCUGUUUCAGAAGUUCUGGUUCUCUGCUUAACAAUGCCAUCAAGGGUGGGGUGGACGAUGAAGUGACCCUCUCUGCCUACAUCACCAUCGCCCUUCUAGAGAUGCCUCUCCCUGUCACACACCCUGUCGUCCGCAAUGCCCUGUUCUGCCUGGACUCAGCGUGGAAGUCAGCCAAGGAAGGAUCCCAAGGAAGCCACGUCUACACCAAGGCACUGUUGGCCUACGCCUUUGCCCUGGCGGGUAACCAGGAAAGGAGGACAGAGGUACUCACGUCACUGGAUAAGGAAGCCGUGAAGGAAGAUAAUUCCAUCCACUGGACACGACCUCAGAAACCCAGGGUGCUCACAGAGGAUGUUUACCAACCCAGGGCUCCGUCUGCAGAGGUGGAGAUGACAGCCUACGUGCUCCUCACUUACCUCACGGCCCAGCCUGCCCCGACCUUGGAGGACCUCACCCAUGCCACGAGCAUCGUGAAGUGGAUCUCAAAGCAGCAGAAUUCCCAGGGGGGCUUCUCCUCCACCCAGGACACAGUGGUAGCUCUCCACGCCUUGUCCAGAUACGGAGCAGCCACUUUCACCAGGACCGGGAAGGCUGCACAGGUGACCAUCCAGUCUUCAGGGACAUUUUCCACAAAAUUCCAAGUGGAAAACAGCAACCGCCUGUUACUACAGCAGGUUUCAUUGCCAGAGGUGCCUGGAGAGUACAGCAUAUCAGUCACAGGAGAAGGAUGUGUUUACCUCCAGACAUCUUUGAAAUACAAUGUUCUCCCGAAAAAAGACGAGUUCCCAUUUGCUUUGGAGGUACAGACUCUGCCCCAAACUUGUGAUGGACCCAAAGCCCACACCAGCUUCCAGAUCUCACUGAGUGUCAGUUAUAUCGGAAGCCGUCCAGCCUCCAACAUGGCAAUUGUUGACGUGAAGAUGGUAUCUGGCUUCAUUCCCUUGAAACCAACAGUGAAAAUGCUUGAAAGAUCUGAUGUGAGCCGAACAGAAGUUAGCAACAACCAUGUUUUGAUUUAUCUGGAUAAGGUGACAAAUGAGACCCUGACCUUGACCUUCACAGUUCUGCAAGACAUCCCAGUAAGGGAUCUGAAACCGGCCAUAGUGAAAGUCUAUGACUAUUAUGAGACAGAUGAGUUUGCAGUUGCUGAGUACAGUGCUCCUUGCAGCAAAGAUACUGGAAAUGCUUAAAGACCAUGUCGAUGAAAACUGCUUUGCUGGAGUCCCUGUUCCACAGACUCAGAUCUCCAUGGAAGAAAGAUAAUUUUUAACAUCUCUGAAGGCUUGUUGAAUAAACCUUUUUUUUUUUCUGGUCCAUCUCUAUCACUGUUUCCUCAUUUACUCAAUAAAUGUUUAUUACACUUC